CUCGCCGUCGCCGCCUCAGGGAUGCGCCUGACAGGGUUCCUGACUGCGCCCUGAGCCGCCACCACCCCUUCUGACACUCCAGCCGCGCCGGACCCCGCAAACCUGCUUCCGCAAUGGGUGGGUUGUGAGCGCUGGUAAUGAGGAGCUGUGGGCCCAGCCAGCCUUGGAGAUGCCGAAGAGAAGGGACAUCCUUGCCAUCAUCCUCAUCGUGCUGCCCUGGACGCUGCUGGUCACCGUGUGGCACCAGAGCACCAUCGCCCCCCUGCUCACCGCGCACAAGGAUGAUCGCGGUGACCCCCGGCGCCCCGCCCCGCCCGGUGCGGACCCCAGAGAAUACUGCAUGUCCGACCGCGACAUCGUGGAGGUGGUGCGCACCGAGUACGUGUACACGCGGCCGCCGCCCUGGUCCGACACGCUGCCCACCAUCCACGUGGUGACGCCCACCUACAGCCGCCCGGUGCAGAAGGCCGAGCUCACGCGCCUGGCCAACACGCUGCUGCACGUGCCCAACCUGCACUGGCUGCUGGUGGAGGACGCGCCGCGCCGCACGCCGCUGGCCACGCGCCUGCUGCGCGACUCCGGCCUCAACUACACGCACCUGCACGUGGAGACGCCCCGCAACUACAAGCUGCGCGGCGACGCCCGCGACCCGCGCAUCCCGCGCGGCACCAUGCAGCGCAACCUGGCCCUGCGCUGGCUGCGGGAGACCUUCCCGCGCAACGCCAGCCAGCCCGGCGUGGUGUACUUCGCGGACGACGACAACACCUACAGCCUGGAGCUCUUCGAGGAGAUGCGCAGCACCAGGAGGGUGUCCGUGUGGCCCGUGGCCUUCGUCGGGGGCCUCCGGUAUGAGGCCCCGCGGGUGAACGCGGCCGGGAAGGUGGUCGGCUGGAAGACGGUGUUCGACCCCCACCGGCCCUUCGCCAUCGACAUGGCGGGGUUCGCCGUCAACCUGCGGCUCAUCCUGCAGCGGAGCCAGGCCUACUUCAAGCUGCGCGGCGUGAAGGGGGGCUACCAGGAGAGCAGCCUGCUCCGCGAGCUCGUCACCCUCAGCGACCUGGAGCCCAAGGCCGCCAACUGCACCAAGAUCCUGGUCUGGCACACACGGACCGAGAAGCCCGUGCUGGUGAACGAGGGCAAAAAGGGCUUCACUGACCCCGCGGUGGAGAUCUGAGCCCCGGGACACAGGAGCCUCUUCUCACACCCGGAUCCUGGCCUCCCGUCCUCUCCCCGCGGCCGACAGUGCUCCACGGCAAACUCUAACGGGAUGGCCAGCAGCCUCCUUCCUCUCCCGGGGCUGCUUCCGUAAGCCCAGCCCGAGGCCGGGACGAAGGGCGGAGAGCCUAAAGCACAGAAAUCCCAGACGUGUCGUUCUCUUCCACCCGGCGUGGCCAGGGCCCCGGCCCUCCUCCCCGGAGGCUCCCGCACCACAGGCCCGCAGGGCGGACGCGUGGGCUCAUCCGCGUGGGCAUCGGGAAAGAUUUGGCAGUCGGUCACGUGGAGGUGGCCCUCCUGGCUCCCAGCUCCUGUGUCCAGAGGAUUUGGAACACCAGACGGCAGGCCCUGCCCGGGCCCCAGGAGCGCCCGCCCCUCCUCGGAGAGCUGCUCCCAAGUCCACACGCCUCCGUGGCUUUCCUCGAGUCCCUGACUCCAGAUCAUACAUCUGUCUUUGAUGCCGGCAGCGGGCAGCCCUACGGGAGGGAGGAGCAGGCCUGCCCCCCGGCGCCCCCUGUGCUCCGGGCUGUGGUGGGAGAGGAGCCCCUUCCUCCGGUCCAGGCCCCUCAGCCCUGCUGCACAGAGAAGCAGGUGGGCCUCAGGCCAGCUCAGGCCACAGGCUGGCGUGGGCCACGACCACGUGGGCCCCUCCCCCGCGCUGCCACCCCCAGGCCCCCUGGGCACCAGGGCCCCUUGCCUGGGCCAGGACGGGGAGGGCAGGAGCCCUCUUCCUGAAGCCCUUGAGAGCCACAGACCUCAGUGAGCCAGGGACAGGGAAGGUGGGGGCAGUCCCAAGCCUCCUUCUUGCCCCUGGUUUGAGGGAGAGGGGGGCGGGGGCAGGAGGACUGCGUAGCAGAGGUAUUUAUGGACAAGGGACCGAGAUCAUUUGGACACCGAGGGGAACGGAUACCCGAGCACACACAACGUUGGAAAUAAUUCUAUUUUAAACACAACACGGGAAAAACAUCUCCCUUCUCUCCAGGUGGGGAGUCUGCAGAGCGAGCCUGGCUAGAACAGUGCAUGCGCCGGCGGCUCCCACCGCCAGGGGGCGUGUGUCCGGCUCUCGCGCCGCAGCCUGACAGGCAGGCCCCUGGCAUUCUGGCUGGGGGACAGCGCCCUCUGGUGGCGAUCUCACUCCUCAUGCUCCUGACCGUCAGAAGCACAAUUUUCCUCUCUCGUGGAGGAAAAGGAAAAGGCGUGAGCCUACGGAAGGGGUGUUUAUUUUUUAACCGCUAACACUUCGUUUAAACUCACAGGACCGGUCUGAGGACCACAAAGAACCCACUUCUAGAGAAAGGGGGGGAAGUAUGAGGAGGGUGGUGGGGAUUGGACUUAGUCCGACAACCUAAACAUUCAAAAAAAAUAAAAUAAAAAAUAGCAUUGGUUGCCUGUUUGGAAACGGAUGGAAUUCCCCACAGUAGUCAUGAGCCCAUCCAAUGGGACCUUAUCCCCUGAGCCACCUUGUAGGGCAUCCCCCCAACUUCUUACGUAUUCAAUGGUGGCUUUGGAAAUCGACCUCUCGCCAUCACGUGGCGUGGCGUGGCCUGGCGUGGCCUGGCGUGGGAGAGGACGGACGAGGUGGGCGCAGGCGACCAUCCCAUGCGUUAGCCCAGGCCCCAGGCGUUCCACUGCCUCCCCAGCCCUGUGCUCAGGUGACCUGGGCUGGUCUCCGGCCACCUUCUCAGCCAAAAACCAACCAACCAACCAAAACACCAAAAACAAACAAACAAAAAACA